UCCCAAACUCCAAGCCUCCUUGGGUGAAAGGUGGGGAAAGGAAGAGCAGUGUAAGCAUGUUUACUUUACAGUCACUCGGAAGUUGAAAUUUGUCUCUGAGAGAUGAUGACUCACUUGAGUAGCUCUAUAAAAGUCAACCUGGUUAGAAGCUAAACCAUCAGACUUUCAGAAACUUUAGCAUUACCAUCCAGGAGAAUGCAUCCAAGUUCUGCAGCUGCCUUUUUCCUGUUGCUGGGCAUCUCGUGGUGCUUUAGAUUACCAAUAUCAGAUGAAGAUGACAGUGAUGAAUUCACAAAUCAAGAUUUUGAGUUUGCAGAGCGCUAUCUAAAGACACACUACAAUCUCCACUCCAGUCCUGCUGGCCUCCUGCGAAAAUCAGCUAGCACAUUUGCUUCCAAACUUCGAGAAAUGCAAGCAUUUUUUGGGCUGGAGGUCACUGGCAAACUGGAUGAAGACACGUAUGAGCUGAUGAAACAGCCACGCUGCGGGGUCCCUGAUGUGGGGGAAUACAACUUUUUCCCUCGAAAGCUGAAAUGGUCCCAGAAUAAUUUAACAUACAGGAUUGUAAAUUACACCCCUGAUCUGAAAAAGUCUGAAGUGGACAGAGCAUUCAGGAAAGCUUUCAAGGUUUGGUCUGAUGUGACACCACUCAACUUCACUAGAAUUCGCAGUGGUAUUGCUGAUAUCAUGAUUUCCUUUGGAAGGAAAGAACAUGGUGAUUUCUAUCCCUUUGAUGGACCUUCUGGACUCCUGGCUCAUGCUUUUCCCCCUGGACCAAAUACUGGAGGAGAUGCUCAUUUUGAUGAAGAUGAACUGUGGUCAACUGAUUCCAAUGGAUAUAACUUGUUUAUUGUGGCAGCCCAUGAGUUGGGUCAUUCACUGGGACUUGAGCAUUCCACAGACCCUGGUGCAUUGAUGUAUCCAGUUUACACAUAUACAGGAAACACGGGUUUCUUGCUUCCAGAUGAUGAUGUACAAGGAAUCCAGACUCUUUAUGGUAAAGGAGAUCAUGAUCCUCAUCCUGAUGAUCACCCUAAGACUCCAGAGAAAUGCAGUCCAAACCUGGUACUUGAUGCCAUCACAGAACUUAGAGGAGAAAUGAUGAUCUUCAAGGACAGAUUCUUCUGGCGUCUACAUCCUCAGAUGGUUGAUGCAGAUUUGGUACAAAUUAAGUCCUUUUGGCCAGAAAUGCCAAGCAAGAUUGAUGCAGCAUAUGAAAACACCGAGAAUGAUCAUGUGUUGCUUUUUAGGGGCCGGAAGUUUUGGGCUUUGAAUGGUUAUGACAUAGUAGAAGGCUACCCAAAGAAGAUUUAUGAACUGGGUUUGCCAAGAUCUGUGAAGGCAAUCGAUGCAGCUGUCCACUUCAGCGAAACAGGCAAAACGUUGUUUUUCAUUGGUGAAAAAUACUGGAGUUAUGAUGAAAACAAGCAAGUCAUGGACAAAGACUACCCUAGACUUAUUGAGGAUGAUUUCCCAGGAAUUGGUAAUCGAGUGGAUGCAGCCUAUCAGAAAAAUGGUUAUAUAUACUUUUUCAAUGGAGCACUGCAGUAUGAAUUCAACAUCUGGAGUGAAAGAAUUAUUCGGGUCAUGAAAACCAACUCAAUUUUCUGGUGCUGAUUACAUUGAGCUGAGUUCUGCACUGUGGAGUGAAUUUGUCACCUAUGAAAAAGAAGAAUCUGGGUGUUGAGAUUUUGCUGUUGUUUUGUAGCCCAGAAGCUUGAUUCUGUGAACAAGCCCUGGCACUGUAGCCACUGACUUUAUAUUGUAUAUAUGGGACUGUUUAAUAGAACAAACAUCAGUCUGGAACUGAGUUAAAUGGAUAAAAGGGCCUUACACUAUUGUAUUUAGGGCCUUAUACUAUUUAGAAAUCGAAUGACGAAAAAAGUAAUUUUAAUGUCAAGUUCUGAUGGAAAGAUUUUGUCUGUGCCAUUAUAGUAUUGAAGAGCUGAAGAUCAAUUAGCACCUGGAGAAAUGGAUUUAGCACAUUUAAGGUAAAGUCAUUCCCAAAUCUCCUGAAAGUCGAGAGAUUACUUUAAACACUUAGAGCUGUAUAAUGUGUCACUGGAAUGGUUCCUUGCUUUCUUUUCUUCCUUGUAAUUUAGCAUUCUGUUUUGUCUGCCUCUUCUCCUAUCUGCAUUAACCAGACUGUAUUAGUUUAUGUAUUUAUUUAUUUAAAACAUUUGUUGAUCAUUUGCAAAGUUAGAAACAUUUAAUUUUGAAAUGCCAGCUCCCAGAAACCUUA